CAUGAUCAUUAUGUGCACUAUUUUGACCAACUGUGUAUUCAUGACUUUUAGUAAUCCUCCUGACUGGUCGAAGAAUGUGGAGUACACGUUCACAGGGAUUUAUACAUUUGAAUCACUAGUGAAAAUCAUUGCAAGAGGUUUCUGCAUAGAUGGCUUUACCUUUCUGCGGGAUCCAUGGAACUGGUUAGAUUUCAGUGUCAUCAUGAUGGCAUAUGUGACAGAGUUUGUGGACCUGGGCAAUGUCUCAGCGCUGAGAACAUUCAGGGUUCUCCGAGCUUUGAAAACUAUCUCUGUAAUUCCAGGUCUGAAGACAAUUGUGGGUGCCCUGAUUCAGUCUGUGAAGAAACUGUCAGAUGUGAUGAUCCUGACAGUGUUCUGCCUGAGUGUUUUUGCCUUGAUCGGACUGCAGCUGUUCAUGGGGAACCUUCGAAACAAGUGUGUUGUGUGGCCCAUAAACUUCAAUGAGAGCUAUCUUGAAAAUGGCACCAAAGGCUUUGAUUGGGAAGAGUAUAUCAACAAUAAAACAAAUUUCUACACAGUUCCUGGCAUGCUAGAACCUUUACUCUGUGGGAACAGUUCUGAUGCUGGGCAAUGCCCAGAGGGAUACCAGUGUAUGAAAGCAGGAAGGAACCCCAACUAUGGUUACACAAGCUUUGACACUUUUAGCUGGGCCUUCUUGGCAUUAUUUCGCCUUAUGACCCAGGACUAUUGGGAAAACUUGUAUCAGCUGACCUUACGAGCAGCUGGGAAAACAUACAUGAUCUUCUUUGUCUUGGUCAUCUUUGUGGGUUCUUUCUAUCUGGUGAACUUGAUCUUGGCUGUGGUGGCCAUGGCUUAUGAAGAACAGAAUCAGGCAACACUGGAGGAGGCAGAGCAAAAAGAGGCUGAAUUUAAAGCAAUGUUGGAGCAACUUAAGAAGCAACAGGAAGAGGCACAGGCUGCUGCGAUGGCCACUUCAGCAGGAACUGUCUCAGAAGAUGCCAUAGAGGAAGAAGGUGAAGAAGGAGAGGGCUCCCCUCGGAGCUCUUCUGAACUUUCUAAACUCAGUUCAAAGAGUGCAAAGGAAAGACGUAACAGAAGAAAGAAGAGGAAGCAAAAGGAACUCUCUGAAGGAGAAGAGAAAGGGGAUCCUGAGAAGGUGUUUAAGUCAGAGUCAGAAGAUGGCAUGAGAAGGAAGGCCUUUCGGCUGCCAGACAACAGAAUAGGGAGGAAAUUUUCCAUCAUGAAUCAGUCACUGCUGAGCAUCCCGGGCUCGCCCUUCCUCUCCCGCCACAACAGCAAGAGCAGCAUCUUCAGUUUCCGGGGCCCUGGGCGGUUCCGAGACCCGGGCUCCGAGAAUGAGUUCGCAGACGACGAGCACAGCACGGUGGAGGAGAGCGAGGGCCGCCGGGACUCCCUCUUCAUCCCCAUCCGGGCCCGCGAGCGCCGCAGCAGCUACAGCGGCUACAGUGGCUACAGCCAGGGCAGCCGCUCCUCGCGCAUCUUUCCCAGCCUGCGGCGCAGCGUGAAGCGCAACAGCACCGUGGACUGCAAUGGCGUGGUGUCCCUCAUCGGCGGCCCCGGCUCCCACAUCGGCGGGCGUCUCCUGCCAGAGGUGAAAAUUGAUAAGGCAGCUACCGAUGACAGUGCUACAACUGAGGUGGAAAUUAAGAAGAAAGGCCCUGGAUCUCUUUUAGUUUCCAUGGAUCAACUAGCCUCCUAUGGGCGGAAGGACAGAAUCAACAGUAUAAUGACUGUUACGAAUACACUAGUAGAAGAACUGGAAGAGUCUCAGAGAAAGUGCCCGCCAUGCUGGUAUAAAUUUGCCAACACUUUCCUCAUCUGGGAGUGCCACCCCUACUGGAUAAAACUGAAAGAGAUUGUGAACUUGAUAGUUAUGGACCCUUUUGUGGAUUUAGCCAUCACCAUCUGCAUCGUCCUGAAUACACUGUUUAUGGCAAUGGAGCACCAUCCUAUGACGCCACAAUUUGAGCAUGUCUUGGCUGUAGGAAAUCUGGUUUUCACUGGAAUUUUCACAGCAGAAAUGUUCCUGAAGCUCAUAGCCAUGGAUCCCUACUAUUAUUUCCAAGAAGGUUGGAACAUUUUUGACGGAUUUAUUGUCUCCCUCAGUUUAAUGGAACUGAGUCUAGCAGAUGUGGAGGGGCUUUCGGUGCUGCGAUCUUUCCGAUUGCUCCGAGUCUUCAAAUUGGCCAAAUCGUGGCCCACCCUGAACAUGCUAAUCAAGAUUAUUGGAAAUUCUGUGGGUGCUCUGGGCAACCUGACACUGGUGCUGGCCAUUAUUGUCUUCAUCUUUGCCGUGGUGGGGAUGCAACUCUUUGGAAAAAGCUACAAAGAGUGUGUCUGCAAGAUCAACCAGGACUGUGAACUCCCUCGCUGGCACAUGCAUGACUUUUUCCAUUCCUUCCUCAUUGUCUUUCGAGUGUUGUGCGGGGAGUGGAUUGAGACCAUGUGGGACUGCAUGGAAGUAGCAGGCCAGGCCAUGUGCCUCAUUGUCUUUAUGAUGGUCAUGGUGAUUGGCAACUUGGUGGUGCUGAACUUGUUUCUGGCCUUGCUCCUGAGCUCCUUCAGCGCAGACAACCUGGCUGCCACGGAUGACGAUGGGGAAAUGAACAACCUCCAGAUCUCAGUGAUCCGUAUCAAGAAGGGUGUGGCCUGGACCAAACUGAAGGUGCAUGCCUUCAUGCAGGCCCACUUUAAGCAGCGUGAGGCAGACGAGGUGAAGCCUCUGGAUGAGUUGUAUGAAAAGAAGGCCAACUGUAUCGCCAAUCACACCGGAGCAGACAUCCACCGGAAUGGCGACUUCCAAAAGAACGGCAAUGGCACAACCAGUGGCAUCGGCAGCAGCGUGGAGAAGUACAUCAUCGAUGAGGACCAUAUGUCCUUCAUCAACAACCCCAACUUGACUGUGCGAGUACCCAUUGCUGUGGGCGAGUCUGACUUUGAGAACCUCAACACAGAGGAUGUUAGCAGCGAGUCGGAUCCUGAAGGCAGCAAAGAUAAACUAGAUGACACCAGCUCCUCUGAAGGAAGCACCAUUGAUAUCAAACCUGAAGUAGAAGAGGUCCCUGUGGAACAGCCUGAGGAAUACUUGGAUCCAGAUGCCUGCUUCACAGAAGGUUGUGUCCAGCGGUUCAAGUGCUGUCAGGUCAACAUUGAGGAAGGGCUAGGCAAGUCUUGGUGGAUCCUGCGGAAAACCUGCUUCCUCAUCGUGGAGCACAACUGGUUUGAGACCUUCAUCAUCUUCAUGAUUCUGCUGAGCAGUGGCGCCCUGGCCUUCGAGGACAUCUACAUUGAGCAGAGAAAGACCAUCCGCACUAUCCUGGAAUAUGCUGACAAAGUCUUCACCUAUAUCUUCAUCCUGGAGAUGUUGCUCAAGUGGACAGCCUAUGGCUUCGUCAAGUUUUUCACCAACGCCUGGUGCUGGCUGGACUUCCUCAUCGUGGCUGUCUCUUUAGUCAGCCUUAUAGCUAAUGCCCUGGGCUACUCGGAACUAGGUGCCAUAAAGUCCCUUAGGACCCUAAGAGCUUUGAGACCCUUAAGAGCCUUAUCACGAUUUGAAGGGAUGAGGGUGGUGGUGAAUGCCUUGGUGGGCGCCAUCCCCUCCAUCAUGAAUGUGCUGCUGGUGUGUCUCAUCUUCUGGCUGAUUUUCAGCAUCAUGGGAGUUAACCUGUUUGCGGGAAAGUACCACUACUGCUUUAAUGAGACUUCUGAAAUCCGAUUUGAAAUUGAAGAUGUCAACAAUAAAACUGAAUGUGAAAAGCUCAUGGAGGGGAACAAUACAGAGAUCAGAUGGAAGAACGUGAAGAUCAAUUUUGACAAUGUUGGGGCAGGAUACCUGGCCCUUCUUCAAGUGGCAACCUUCAAAGGCUGGAUGGACAUCAUGUAUGCAGCUGUAGAUUCCCGCAAGCCUGAUGAGCAGCCUAAGUAUGAGGACAAUAUCUACAUGUACAUCUACUUUGUCAUCUUCAUCAUCUUCGGCUCCUUCUUCACCCUGAACCUGUUCAUUGGUGUCAUCAUUGAUAACUUCAAUCAACAAAAGAAAAAGUUUGGAGGUCAGGACAUCUUCAUGACUGAAGAACAGAAGAAGUACUACAAUGCCAUGAAAAAGCUGGGCUCAAAGAAGCCACAGAAACCUAUUCCCCGCCCCUUGAACAAAAUUCAAGGAAUCGUCUUUGAUUUUGUCACGCAACAAGCCUUUGACAUCGUUAUCAUGAUGCUCAUCUGCCUUAACAUGGUGACAAUGAUGGUGGAGACAGACACUCAGAGCAAGCAGAUGGAGAACAUCCUCUACUGGAUUAACCUGGUGUUUGUUAUCUUCUUCACCUGUGAGUGUGUGCUUAAAAUGUUUGCCUUGAGGCACUACUACUUCACCAUUGGCUGGAACAUCUUUGACUUCGUGGUCGUCAUCCUCUCCAUCGUGGGAAUGUUCCUGGCAGAUAUAAUUGAGAAAUACUUUGUUUCCCCAACCCUAUUCCGAGUCAUCCGAUUGGCCCGUAUUGGGCGCAUCUUGCGUCUGAUCAAAGGCGCUAAAGGGAUUCGUACCCUGCUCUUUGCCUUAAUGAUGUCCUUGCCUGCCCUGUUCAACAUCGGCCUUCUGCUCUUCCUGGUCAUGUUCAUCUUCUCCAUUUUUGGGAUGUCCAAUUUUGCAUAUGUGAAGCAUGAGGCUGGUAUCGAUGACAUGUUCAACUUUGAGACAUUUGGCAACAGCAUGAUCUGCCUAUUUCAAAUCACGACUUCGGCUGGUUGGGAUGGCCUGCUGCUGCCCAUCCUAAACCGCCCCCCUGACUGCAGCCUAGAUAAGGAACACCCAGGGAGUGGCUUUAAGGGAGAUUGCGGGAACCCCUCAGUGGGCAUCUUCUUCUUUGUAAGCUACAUCAUCAUCUCCUUCCUAAUUGUCGUGAACAUGUACAUUGCCAUCAUCCUGGAGAACUUCAGUGUAGCCACAGAGGAAAGUGCAGACCCUCUGAGUGAGGAUGACUUUGAGACCUUCUAUGAGAUCUGGGAGAAGUUCGACCCUGACGCCACCCAGUUCAUCGAAUACUGUAAGCUGGCGGACUUCGCAGAUGCCUUGGAGCAUCCUCUCCGCGUGCCCAAGCCCAAUACCAUUGAGCUUAUCGCUAUGGAUCUGCCAAUGGUGAGUGGAGACCGCAUCCACUGCUUGGACAUCCUUUUUGCCUUCACCAAACGGGUCCUGGGAGAUAGCGGGGAGUUGGACAUCCUGCGGCAGCAGAUGGAAGAGCGAUUCGUGGCAUCCAAUCCUUCCAAAGUGUCUUAUGAGCCAAUCACAACCACUCUGCGUCGCAAGCAGGAGGAGGUAUCUGCGGUGGUCCUGCAGCGCGCCUACCGGGGACAUUUGGCAAGGCGGGGCUUCAUCUGCAAAAAGACAACUUCUAAUAAGCUGGAGAAUGGAGGCACACACCGGGAGAAAAAAGAGAGCACCCCAUCUACAGCCUCCCUCCCAUCCUAUGACAGUGUAACUAAACCUGAAAAGGAGAAACAGCAGCGGGCAGAGGAAGGAAGAAGGGAAAGAGCCAAAAGACAAAAAGAGGUCAGAGAAUCCAAGUGUUAGAAGAGAGCAAAAAUUCAAUAUCAUACGGAUCUAAAACUCGCAAGUGAAAGAUUGUUUACAAACUUCCUGAAUAUUAUCAAUGCAGAACAGCUGUGGAGACUCUAACCUGAAGAUCUAUACCAAACGUCGUCCGCUUACCAUGUAACACAGCUGCAUCUUGAGCAGUGACCUGCCAAGGGCAAAGGACCCCGCUCCCUAGACUCACAGAUUUUCUAAUGCUUGGGCAGGUGGUUACUGCAUGUUCCACAUCAGUCAAUGCAACUUAGGACAAAACUAAUCAGAUACAGAAACAGAAGAGAGGCUGCCGGGACCAGCAUAUUUCCGUUGCAGCCAAAUGGAUUUUAUUUUUUCAUUUUGUUGAUUCUCAGAAGCAGAAAGCAUCACUUUAAAAGUUUGUUUGUUCAUACAAACUAUAUUUGCAUUCUUACAUUAGUUAAGCUAAGCAGCAAAAAGAAAACACAUACACACACACACACACACACACACACUCACACAGACACUCACAUUUAGCCCAUGUCAUUUAAUUGUCAGUUUCUUUGACAUAAAUUGCAUCAUCUCCACAUGGGCUUCACGUGGUUUGCAGAUGGGUGGGGGAAAACAAUCAGGUUUCUUCAGGCUGAGGAGGACUUGCUCAGGCCGAUUCCAAACAUUGUGCUCGUUCAAUGCGUAGAGAUGAUUUGCAUGAUGGCAUGCCGUGAUCAGAAGUCAUGCAUGAGAUCCAUACACCACAGGACACUACUAACCUAGUCCCCUGCAUUGGGUCAGCCUUUGGACAGGACCCAGCCCUGCACCGUUCACUGUAUUUGGAGAAAAUGGUAAGAGUUCCAUACUGGCUACAAUUCUUUAUUAUGAGUUCUUAAAAGUCCUUCAUACACCCUCUGGGUAGGGAAACAACCAAUUGACUACCACCACCAACAACAAAAAACAAACCCAAUCCAACAAGCAGAUGGAUCCGUUGCGUGUGUAUGUUUAACAGACAUCUCUAACAUACAGCCAUUGUUGCACAUUUUGCAAGAUGAACUAUUUAAUGCUGCUCUGUGUCCAGGACAUGGGGGAGACUUUGAUCCCAAAUGGCUUGUACUAUUUAUGUCACUGUAAAACCAAAUCCUAGGGCUAAAAAAGAAAAAUUCAUUUGUAUCUUGCAAUAUUUAUGAUGAUCGUUUAGCCUUCAUACUGGAGAAUUGACACUUGUUUGGGGUAGAGAUAAAAGUGCUAUUCAAAGUAGCACCAGUUAUCUCUAGGGGUAAUUUGGGGAACUUAAAAUGACCUUUCAUUGGGAGUUAUGGGGUGCUCAUUUCAUUUCACAUCAUGUCCUCUGCAUUGUGGCUUUCUCCAGGCAUGGGUCGAUACCAUGAGGGGUUCAGAUAUUCUGAACGGACCUCUCUCUUCUGCAGAGGGGUCGUCACAUACUCACACACUGCAUGAUUCCUCCUGCCUCCAUCACAUUUCUCCACCGAGUAGGGCUUCCCUUGCCCACAGAGGUGGGUGAGGGUAGCAGCAUUGGGGUUACGGCUGUGGUUUCUUUCAUUUAUUAUUAGAAUAAUAGUCAGUGGUGGGAUCUGAGGUAGAGAUGGAGCCGCCUCUAAACCAAGCCCACUUGGUUUCUUUACUGCACUGGUUUUCAUGAGAAAGCAAUUUAAUAUUAAUUCUUCAGGAUGUUCCAGCUUCCCCCAGUGCAUUCCCUUGCAGCCAGUUUUGCUGUCUGCUUAGCGACCUGCCAGCUGUCAUUGGAGUGUGGCUUCUGGGGGAGCCUCAUAUCUUCCAUUCCAUCUCCUGCUUUAGGAAAGACAGUUUUUAGUCCAGGGGUUUCUCACCUGAUGACUGGAUUUCAAAGCCAAGAUGCUGCAGUUGAAUGUGUCAGGAAGUCUACACAAAGAGUGAAAAGAGACUUUAGCAUGUGAACCAAAUCAAAAUAAAUUCUUCCUGAACCAUACACUAGAGGGGGAAGAAGAACCAACCCAUAAUCAGACACACCGAUCUGCCUUGCAGUAGAAGCACUUUGAAGGUAAUUUCACAGUCCACCUGACUAGUUUUGCGUAGAACAAACCACAGUAAGUCGAUAAGCAGAGCUUUCUAUCUUGUCGGACCACUAGAAACUCUGUCCAGCUCUCUUAAGCCUGCUUCUGCAGCAGCAUCCGUAGAAUUUUUGUACUACACCCAAUACCAGACCGGGAAGGCAUUCAGUGACCCUACUAACUGCUAGGAUGAAUGUAUAGUAACAUGUACAGGCUACAUUGUAAACAGCACAAAACAGAAGCUGACACGUGUGGUUAUUCUUUUUAAGAGAAUUAUAAAUAGUGUAAUAUAUAAUUUUAUUUUAUUGGCAUGCCUUUUUGUAAAUACAAAUUAUUAACUUAUUAAAUAGGAAAUGGCUUCUGGCUUACGCCAUUGUCAUGUUUAUUUUUAUUUUUUAUACUUUUCUUUCUUCUUAGAACUUAGAUGCUGUCAGCCAAUGUACAUCCCCAAACCAGACAGACAGACAAAAAAUUUUUUAUCGCUAAUGGUCUUUUCCAAAACAACAAAAAAUAUAUAUUUUUGUUCCAAUGUGCAAUAAAUUCUAACCACGUCUAUGCAAGAUUUGGCUAAACUUAAUAAUUGUUCUUAGGUCUUGAGAUGGGCAACAGAGCUGUAAGAUCCCGCUAAGCACACCAUGUGCUCAUGCUAGUGAUGUCAUUAAGCUACUAGAGCAUAUUGAUGAGAUUUUUCUGAGAUCUGACCUUUUCCCUUCCCCAGCUCCUGACCCCAGCCCAGCGGGCUAUCUCCUCAGUAACACAUGGGCCUUGGUGUCUGGCAUCCAUCAGCCAGCCUCAUAGGAAAGAAGCCACCUCCGCUCUAAUUGAAGUUUCACAUUUUUUUAAAAAGAAGUUUCCCACCUUCUUAUCCUUCACCCACUAUCCUUCCACCUGCUCACUCACUCAGUCACUCACUCACCCAUCCUGCUCCACACUUCUUUGGUAGUAAAUGACACCAUCACCAGCAGUUUACACCCGCAGUUAACAGGCAUUGAACUGAAAGAAUCAGCGAUGACGUUUUUGUGCAUCUCCGCUGAGUGGGUAAGUGGCAACGCUUUGCCAAAUAUUAACGAAGCCAAUCAAAAAGCAGCAGCAGCCACAGUAUCACUGCACAUAUAUAUAUAGAUAUAUAAAUAUAAUAUAUAUAUUUAUUUUUUGUAGCCAGGUCCUUGGUGCAGUAUUUAUACUCCACAAUCCACCUUUUAAAAAAAGGACAAAAAGCAAAAAGACGUGUGAUGCUGUUAAUUUAAAAUGCAGAGCCAAAGCCACUGAGCCGCAGCUGACGUAGUUGCUGGUUUGUGUGUGAAAAACAUUUCCCCCUAUUCUUUCCCUGACCUCCUUGUUGCUUAGGAUGAGGAGACUCCGUAAUUUAAAGCAGAUGAGAGCAGGAAGAAACUUCCAUGUUAGCAUGGCCUACUCUCACUCCUUUCCAAAUGAGCCACUUUCGGUGUCGGAAGUUGGCUAGGAAGAGAUUUAAAAAAAAAAAAAAAAGAAAAAGAAAAAAAAACAGAAACUUCCAGUUAAAGCCCCUAAAGCGACAGUGCCCAGAGUUCUUUUAUUUUUCACUGCAACCAACGUAAACCUGUAAAAGACCAACAGUGAAGAUUAGUGUAUUAGUGAAUGCAUGGAGGCCAAUGCUGCCCUAAUGAGACGUGAUAAAAAGUCCAUCACUCCUCUAAGCCAAAAGGAAACAAAAUAAAAAUGACCCUUUUUACUGUACAAGGGAAGCCUGUCUUGGUGUGUUUGUUGCUUGACUAUCCCAAUUCUUGAGUCCUGGGAGGGGUCUGGGAAUUGGGACCUUAGCACAUUUGGGGAAAGGAGGGGAAUGGAGGGAAGAGAAAUCAAAGGGGCUCUCGCAAAGUUCUGGCUGAGAAGUAGAGAUUGGAAGAAAAGCAAGGUCCUGACCCCCCAGAUCCCCACUCACCCAUUGCAUGUGGCAUUUCCCCCCUACCGGCCGGUGCUUAGAGGCUCAUAAACCCCUCCUCACCUAAUCCACCUGGCAGAGCCCUCAGAGAUGAUGUCAGCCAACCCAGCUGGACUGGCCUUACUUCUGCCUUUUUCACCUGUAUGUUUGAAAAAAAAAAAAAAAAAAAAAACAAAACUACCCCCAUGCCUCAAAGCUAGGGCAUGCGCAAUGCCCUAGCAGCCCUCCACUCUGCAAGCUCAUACUGGGCCCUGCGCUCUAUUGCCCCAGACAGGCCCACAGAUGAGGGCUGGUCUCCUUCACAUUUGCAUGGGGGUGGGGGCACUCUUCCCCUUCCUUCUCUCCCUGUCCCCCUUUGGGGACAUCCCUCUCUAGGCCUAGGCCAUGUCUCCUGGUUCAGGAACACUCUCUCAGGAGGAUCUCGAAGUGCCCACUCUAGUCAGCUCCAGUAGCUCCACUCUGGGGCGAGAUGGCUGGUAGGUCAGUCCCCAUCCUCCGCCCCCGGCCCCCAGCCUCCAGUCCUGCUGUGGAGGUGAGAUCGCCAUGGGUCAUGACUUUGUGACUUGAGUCCUGGGCAUCUUCUGUAAUGAUGCCUCUUUCUUUUCUCAGAUGUUGCCCACAGUUUAGCAAAAAGCUUUGUUCAUUUUCAGGUACCCCCCACCCCUAAAGAAUUGGCUGCAACUCGCCAGCCAGGGGGGACAUCAGGAAAGAAGAGGAAGUCUGCAUUGGGAGGAGCCCAAGGUUUGCAACAGAGUCUCCAUUGUUGAGCUCUGUGCUUUCUUGGAUUCUCUUUCCAAGAUUACCAAGAUUUCCUCCAUUAAAACUCCUGAGGCACCCCCUGCCCCUGCCCCUGCCCCCCACUGCUGUUUGCUGUACAUAGAGGCUAAGUGGGGUGGGGUGGGUGGGUGUGCACAUGUGGUGUGUGUGUGUGUGAAGAAUGUAUAUAGGUAAAGGGGAGCGUAGUCCAGUGGUUCCAGAAAAGGGACAGAACUGUGUUCUAGCCCUAGCUUGACCACGGGCUCGCUGUGUGGCCUUGGGCAAGUCACUUAACCUCUCUGUGCCUCAGUUUCCCCAUCUGUAAAAUGGGGAUAAUAAUACUGACCUACCUCACAGGGGUGUUGUGAGGCUUUAACUAAAUGUUUUGUAAAGCGUUUUGAGAUACAGAGACAAAGGCACAAGGGAAGGGUAAAGAAUUAUUGGACUCAAGGAAGCUGAAAUGGUACCAUAAAUGCUGCUAUUCUGAGAGCCAUUUUAAACUGCACUGCUCCACCCACCCCCGCUUCUCAUCACCAGGACAGCAGGUCGAGAAAAUGUCUUUCCUUUCACUUGCUUCUGGGGUUUGUGAUUAUUCGAGACAAUUUUUUCCCCUUGCUGUAUCUCCUUCCCUCACCUCCUCGACUUGUUUCCUGUUCUGUUUAUGCGGAAAUGGCAGAAAUGCUUGAGAAAUGAGAAUGUGUAAGUGGAUUGGAAGUUUAUAGUAUGAAAUUUCAAUUUUACUUUGUACUGUACAUCUUUUUACUUUAGAAUUUGCAAUAAAGGGUUACGUCAA